GCCGGCGUUCCCAGGAAGCGGGAGCAGGAAGCUGGAGGGCGCGGGGAUGGCGGGCAGCGGCCCGGCGUGUAAAGGCCAUUGCCAUGGGCCUCACCGAGCUCACAUGCACAACAAUCACGGCGCCCACGGGGAUGAAGGUCUGCCGGGACCGUACCCCAUCGUUGAAGACCCCAGCACCUGCGAUAUUGUCAAGGCCACACAGUAUGGAAUGCUAGAGCGAUGCAGAGAACUGGUAGAAGCAGGAUACGAUGUUCGACAACCAGACAGAGAAAAUGUGACUCUUCUUCACUGGGCAGCAAUAAACAACAGACAGGAACUGGUUAAAUAUUAUAUUUCCAAAGGUGCAAUAGUGGAUCAGCUGGGUGGAGAUCUGAAUUCUACUCCCCUUCACUGGGCCAUUAGACAAGGACACCUACCCAUGGUCAUGUUAUUGUUGAAGUGUGGAGCGGAUCCCAGUCUUAUUGAUGGGGAAGGAUUCAGUAGCAUUCAUUUAGCAGUGCUCUUCCAACACAUGCCCAUCGUAGCUUACCUCAUAUCAAAAGGCCAGAACAUAGACGCAACAGACCUCAAUGGACAAACACCUUUAAUGUUAACAGCACAAAAAGCCAUGGGACCAGAACCCACGAGGUUUCUCUUAAAGUUUAACCCCUCUCUCAAUGCUGUAGACAAUGUUCAAAAGAAUACUGCACUGCACUGGGCAAUAGCAUCAGGAAAUAUCAGUGCAGUGGAUCUGUUGCUGGAAGCUGGUGCCAGCCUGGACAUAAAAAAUGCCAAGGGAGAGACACCGCUUGACCUUGCUUAUCAAAGUCAGAAUCACUUCAUGGUUUAUAUGAUGAAAGAAGAAGAAAGAAUGAGAAGCAGGAAAAAUAACAGGUUGCUGAAAAUAGUAGAGAAAUACGAGCUCUUCCUGAUGGUGGCAUCUUCCUUGGCGUUCAUGUGGGCCGUAGGAUACGUCGUGAACUUAAGUUCUGAUUCUUGGCUUUUGAAAGGAGGUUUGCUUCUCUGCCUGCUGUUUGGGAUGGCUCUGUUUGUCAGGCAACUUGUGGGGCUCAAGAAUCUAAGGUACCUUCCCACAGCAUUUCUGCUAAGUUCAGUUUUUUGGAUGUCCAUGACCUGGUUUUUCUGGUUCCUGCCCGAUAUAACAAAUAUAAUUCUUGAAAUCAUUGUCAUGUUCAGCAUGAUGGGUCUUCUUUAUUAUCUCUAUAAAACUUGGAGUACCGAUCCUGGGUAUAUAAAGACUUCAGAAGAAGAAAGAAAAGAGAACAUUAUAGCUCUUGCAGAAGCAGGUUGCUUGGACUUCAGAACGUUCUGCACAUCGUGUCUGGUAAGGAAGCCUCUGAGAUCUGUGCAUUGCCUUGCUUGCCAAGCAUGUGUGGCCAGAUAUGAUCAGCAUUCUCUCUGGACUGGACAGUGCAUAGGUGUUGGGAACCAUUGUUAUUACCUGUUGUUCCUGACUUUCCUAACGAUGACAGGUGUCUGGCUGCUUUAUGGAACUCUUCUGUAUUGGUCCAACCAUUGCCCAACAAGUUACCAGCAGGAUGGAGCGUGGACGUACUUCACACAGGUCACGUACUGCUCCCCCUGGGUUUCCUACAUCGCUGCAGUAGCCUGUUUCCACACUGUUUGGGCCUCCUUGUGGCUCGCUGUUCAGCUUUAUCAGAUUGCAUUCUUGGGGCUGACCUCUCAUGAAAGAAUGAACCUCCUGAUGCAGAGAAAGUCAUCUAAGCAUCCUGUUUCACUCAGGAGAACUCCAUACAAUCUUGGAUGCUUCCAGAAUCUUGCAGACUUCUUUCAGUGCAGUUGCUUUGGUAUGUUCAAACCCAACAUAAUUGACUGGACCAAGCAGUACAAUGUUUUUCAUCUGGCAAAGGAGAAAAAUGUUCAUUCUGUGUAAAGUUUUGCUGAAUUUCUGAAAUGGUUGAGUUGAAAUCUAAAUAAAACUGGAUAUUUUGUUAAUUUUUACAAA